UUGAACGUUGAACGAGGCAUCCCUUUUGCAGCAUCCUUCAAUCAGGGAAUCACGGAUUUAUCAGUCAAAAGCGUAGCGCCUGCCACGGCGGACAACAGUUGCGGUCUGAAGCUCGUCGCGUGCGUGUACAUCCGGGAGAAAGCCAGCGUCAACGGCAACGGCAACGGCAACGGCAACCGAGUCUUCCUUCGAGCCUCGAACUUCGUCCUCGGCCACGUCCACGUCUUCGUCUUCGUUUCGUCUCUGGUUCGAAGUAAAUAAAACAAAUAGAAUUAUCUCCGGCCUCAAAUAUAGUCACUGUGUGUGUGUGUGUGUGUGUGUGUGUGUGGAAACGAAAUGAGACCAAAAGUGAGGCCAAUAAAAAGGCGAUAAAAUUGACGCCAAUCCAAGCGGAGGAGGAGCAGCGAAGGCGGGAGCAGGAGCAGGAGAGUGAAACGAUAAGCGUAUCCUGUCGGCACACAGUGCAUAAAAAGGCGAUAUAUAUUCCGUGUUCGAGCAGCAGGAGUCCUGCCACGAGUUUGUGUCCCGUGUUUAUAGCCGUUGCAGCCGCCUUCCGAUAGAUAGCCGACGACUAUUCCAAUGCCUUGGUGAUUAAUGGGCCAGGGCACAUGGCCGACGGGAUGCGCAUAACUCACUUGCCCCGAACGAGAUACUGCCGAUGGCUGGCCCUGGGAUUGGGCCUGGUGCUGGCCCUCGCCUGGACGGCAGCGGCAGCCGCAGCCAUGGAAUCGUCGGCAGAGCUGCAGGCCCUGGGAUUGGGAUUGGGCCGGGACCAUCAUCAUCAUCAGAGUGUGGCAAUUAAGCCGUCGCCAGGUGGCGAUGCCUUAAUUAGUGGCAGCCUCCAGCAACGUUCUUCUGGAGCCGGAGCACACACGGAACAGGAGCUGGAGAUGGAGAUGGAGCUGCCGUUGUUGGGGCCGCAGCAUCGCUCCAAUUGGAAGUACAAACGGACGAAAGUCAAGCGGCGGCAGCGCCUCAAUUCGCAGAGCAAUCUGCCGAGCAUCACGAACUCCUCGGCGCAGCCCUUCACGCCGCCGGCCACCCGGCAGCGCUACCUGAAGGUCAACCAGGUGUUCGAGAGCGAGCGCCGCAUGUCCCAGGCGGAGAUCCAGCGCAAUCACGGAAAAAUCGUGCUGCUCGGCCUCUUCGAGCUCUCCACGAAGCGGGGCCCCCGCCCGGACGGCAUCUCCGAGCUGGGGGCCGCCACCAUGGCCGUGGAGCACAUCAACCGCAAGCGCCUCCUGCCCGGCUACACCCUCGAGCUGGUCACCAACGACACGCAGUGCGAUCCUGGCGUGGGCGUGGAUCGCUUCUUCCAUGCCAUCUACACACAGCCCUCGACGCGGAUGGUGAUGCUGCUCGGAUCCGCCUGCUCGGAGGUCACCGAGAGCCUGGCCAAGGUGGUGCCGUACUGGAAUAUUGUGCAGGUCUCGUUCGGCUCCACCUCGCCGGCGCUGAGCGACAGGCGGGAGUUCCCCUACUUCUAUCGCACCGUGGCCCCGGACUCCUCGCACAACCCGGCGCGCAUCGCCUUCAUCCGGCGCUUCGGAUGGGGCACGGUGACCACCUUCUCGCAGAACGAGGAGGUGCACUCGCUGGCGGUGAACAAUCUGGUGACGGAGCUGGAGGCAGCCAACAUUUCCUGUGCGGCCACCAUCACAUUCGCGGCCACGGACUUCAAGGAGCAGCUUUUACUCCUGAGGGAGACUGACACGCGCAUCAUUAUCGGCAGCUUCUCGCAGGAGCUGGCCCCACAGAUCCUCUGCGAGGCCUACAGGCUGCGCAUGUUCGGGGCGGACUACGCCUGGAUCCUGCACGAGAGCAUGGGGGCGCCGUGGUGGCCCGACCAGCGCACCGCCUGCACCAACCACGAGCUCCAGCUGGCCGUCGAGAACCUCAUUGUGGUCUCCACCCACAACAGCAUCGUGGGGAACAACGUCAGCUACAGCGGACUGAACAAUCACAUGUUUAACUCGCAGCUGCGCAAGCAAUUUGCACAGUUCCAUGGCCAGGAUGCGGCAUCGACAGCCGGUGGCAACCGCAAGCGUGCCGCACCGCAAUCGGAUUUCGAUUUGGAUGUGGAUCCUAGCAGCCGGCGCAGGCGUGCCACUGGGAGCCACCUCUUCCCGGAGGCCAUCUCGCAGUACGCGCCGCAGACGUACGACGCCGUGUGGGCCAUAGCCCUGGCCCUGCGUGCCUCCGAGGAGCACUGGCGCCGCAACGAGGCCCAGUCGAAGCUGGACGGAUUCGACUACACGCGCAGCGACAUGGCCUGGGAGUUUCUGCAGCAGAUGGGCAAGCUCCACUUCCUGGGCGUAUCCGGUCCCGUCUCGUUCAGCGGUCCGGAUCGUGUGGGCACCACGGCCUUCUACCAGAUCCAGCGGGGCCUGCUGGAGCCCAUUGCGCUGUACUAUCCCGCCACCGAUGCCCUGGACUUCCGCUGCCCCCGCUGCCGACCCGUCAAGUGGCACAGCGGGCAGGUGCCCAUCGCCAAGCGGGUCUUCAAGCUGCGAGUGGCCACCAUCGCCCCACUGGCCUUCUACACCAUCGCCACCCUCUCGAGCGUGGGCAUUGCCCUGGCCAUCGCCUUUCUCGCCUUCAAUCUGCACUUUCGGAAGCUCAAGGCAAUUAAACUUUCCAGCCCGAAGCUGAGCAACAUCACCGCAGUGGGCUGCAUCUUCGUCUAUGCCACCGUCAUCCUGCUGGGCCUCGACCACUCCACGCUGCCCUCGGCGGCAGACUCCUUUGCCGCAGUCUGCACGGCACGCGUCUAUCUGCUGUCGGCCGGAUUCUCGCUGGCCUUUGGCUCGAUGUUCGCCAAGACCUACCGGGUGCACCGCAUCUUCACACGCACCGGGAGCGUGUUCAAGGACAAAAUGCUGCAGGACAUCCAGUUGAUUCUGCUCGUGUGCGGCCUGUUGCUGGUGGACGCCCUCCUCGUCACCCUCUGGGUCGUCACGGACCCCAUGGAGCGGCAUUUGCAUAAUCUGACACUCGAAAUCAGCGCGAUUGAUCGGAGUGUUGUCUACCAGCCCCAGGUGGAGGUCUGCCGCUCGCAGCACACCCAAACGUGGCUGAGUGUCCUGUACGCCUACAAGGGCCUCCUGCUGGUGGUGGGCGUGUACAUGGCCUGGGAGACGCGCCACGUGAAGAUACCCGCCCUCAACGACUCGCAGUACAUCGGCGUCUCUGUGUACAGCGUGGUCAUCACGAGUGCCAUUGUCGUCGUCCUGGCCAACCUCAUAUCGGAGCGCGUGACGCUGGCCUUCAUCACCAUCACGGCCCUCAUUUUGACCUCCACCACGGCGACGCUGUGCCUGCUGUUCAUCCCGAAGCUGCACGACAUUUGGGCGCGAAAUGACAUCAUCGAUCCCGUGAUCCACAGCAUGGGCCUCAAGAUGGAGUGCAACACGCGACGCUUUGUGGUCGACGAUCGCCGGGAGCUGCAGUAUCGCGUGGAGGUCCAGAACAGGGUCUACAAGAAGGAGAUCCAGGCGCUGGACGCGGAGAUCCGCAAGUUGGAGCGGCUGCUCGAGUCCGGUCUGGGCACCGCCUCGACGACCACGUCCUCGUCCACCUCCCUGCUGCAGGGAGGCCACGCCCACCUGAAGCCAGAGCUGACCGUCACGAGCGGACUGUCGCAGACGCCGGCUCCGAGCAAGUCGCGCACCCCGAGCAUCUCCGGGAUCCUGCCCAACCUGCUGCUCUCCGUGCUCCCGCCGGUGAUUCCGCGCGCUAGCUGGCCCUCGGCGGAGUACAUGCAGAUCCCGAUGCGGCGAUCGGUGACCUUUGCCUCGCAGCCGCAGCUGGAGGAGGCCUGCCUGCCCGCCCAGGACCUGAUCAACCUGCGGCUCGCCCACCAGCAGGCCACCGAAGCCACCAGCCGGACGGGGCUCAUCGACCGCCUCCGGGGCAUCUUCUCGCGCACCGCCUCCAGCAACAAGGGCUCCACUGCCAGCCUGGCGGACGGCCAGAAGGGCCUCAAGGCGGCCUUCAAGUCGCACAUGGGCCUCUUCACCCGCCUGAUUCCCUCCUCGCAGACGGCCUCCUGCAAUGCCAUCUACAACUCCCCGAUUCAGAAUCCGGGCCCAGAGGCGGGCGGCCUCCCCGUCCAACUCGAGUCCAACUCGAACGGGCGGACGCAUCUGAAGGCCAUCCACCGCGGAUCGCUCACUCAAAGCGGCACCCACCUGGACCACCUGGCCAAGGAUCCCGGCUUCCUGCUGCCCUCCAUCUCCACCAUCUCCGGGGAGCAUCUGGGCGGACCCGUGCCCGCCCCCGACGGCAGGUAUGUGAAGCUGCUGGAGACCAGGGUGAACUUUCAGCUGCCCAGCAGCCGCCGGCCGUCGGUGGUGCAGCCGACGCCCAGUCUGCGGGAGCGGGUCAGGGGCUCGCCGCGCUUCCCCCACCGCAUCCUGCCGCCGGCCGCCUGCAGCCUGAGCGCCCUGGCCGAGUCGGAGGACACCAGGGCGCCGGAUAUGAGCAGCAUCAUAGGCAGCUGCAAGUCCAUUCCGCGCAUCUCCCUGCAGCAGGCCACCAGCGGGGGCACCUGGAAGUCCAUGGAGACGGCGGCCAAGUCGCGCCUCUCGCUGGGCGACUCCCAAGAGGACGAGACCCCAGAAACACCAGAAACCGAGGUAGGGCCGGUGCAGGUGCAGGUCGAGGCGGUGCCAUUGAAUGGCCUAGGUUAGACCCUCCCCCGUCCUCCGCCCAGUCCUCGUCAAUUAGAAGCAAACACCAAGCAAUUAUUUUCGACAGACACGCGCCUCCCAAGCCCCCCCCCCAAGAGAAUCCCUCCCCCAACAGAGACCACAGAGAGGCGAGAGGCAAGAGCCAAGAGCCAGAGCCAGAGCCAGAGCGCGUGUGCAACUGACCAAUCAUCAGCUUAAAGCAAUCAAACGCAUUAGGGAUAACGCCUAGAUAAGUCACGAUACGAGUAGCUCCUCCAAUCAGCCAGUCAUCAUCUUCCAGAAGGAGGAGAGACCCUCCCCCAUUCCUCCCCCUCCACUCUAUCCCCCACUCGAUAAUGUGAUUAACCCCUGAGUCCCAGCCCCCUCUUAGAGUGUUCCCCUGCUCUCUUGUAGGAUAAGUAGAUGGCUUUUCUUUAGCUAGUGAUUGAACACCCCCCCCCAAGACCCCUGCAGAACCCCUCCUUCCCCCCCUUCUCUAGACGUAAGGAAUCGUUUUGGGUUUUUCGUUUGUUGUGCGCUGCACCGCAGGACCUCCAUCCACGGUGGUGCAUCCAGUGUAUCCAGAGAGCAAUACUAUCGUACUAUCGUAUAUCGUACUUACAAUACAAUCUAGAGUUAGGGCCUCAGAGAAUCAGAGAGAAUCACAGUCGGCGUUAGAGUAGGGUUCCAAAUACAAGCCAAUAUGAUUAAUUAUCGCCACAGUCGUAGAUGAAUCCAUGAAUCAUGUGUGUAGGGCAUAAGUAGGGGUAGUAGACGCCACUUAAGGAUCCCCCCAGACCCCACAUUUCCACAGCCCCCCCCACCGCACAGUGGGCCAUUUGGCUCUUCGAGAGGAAUGAAAAAAGUUUAUCUUCCAAAAGGAUAAGUUUUAAGGAAUUUUAAAGAAAUAAGGUACAAACUGGGAAUUUUUAAAUAUAUUUUUAAUUUUAUAUAUAUAUUUUUUUAAUUUAAAUUUUCUGUUUACUUUGUAAAUAUUUUAGGAAGAAGCAAAUAUGUGUUUCACUCGGUUUGGCAGUCUGAAUCUGACUUUUCACAGCCUUCAAUAUAAUCUAAUAGAGAAAAAUAAUGUUUCCAGGAAGUUCUUUGUCUGCUGAUGCCAUAUCAUGGGCCAACAAUGGACUCAUACAAGAGAGCGGUAGAGCUGGAGUGACUUUUGAGAGAGCGCCUGGAGUCACUUUCGAAAUCCCACCCCAAAGAAUUGUGUACCAAAAAAAUGUAUGGCCGUUACUCUUCUUAUUUUGGUGAUUCCAUUUUGAAGCAUUCGAAACAAAAGCGGGAAAAGGAGCCACUGCUUCUUUGGCCUCUGUGGAUGUUUUAUUUUUCUUUUUUAAGGUCCAAAAUUUUAAUUUCGUUCGAAACAAAAGCAGAAAAAGCAAAAGUAGAGGAUGUGUAUGUUUUAUUUAUAAUUUUUAAGGUCGAAAAUGGUCAUUUCCUUCCCCGAAAUCAGCCAAAUCGCCCACUGUGCCUCCCUCUGUCUGGGCCAGAAGGCGCUCUCCAGUCUGGAGAGAGUCUCGGCCGCUGCCAUCAUAGGGACUAAGCCACUAAGUUUUAGGAUUGUAAUCCAAUUCCAUUCCCCCCUCACUCCAGCUACACAUUCCGCAGGAUAACUUCAAUAAACAAUGGAGCCUAGGCAGAAAUGCCAGGCCAGAGAAUAAUGAUUAAUUAA